AAUCACUGUUCAUGUCCGAAGGCGGCGAUACUGUCGCCAUCAAGGAAUAGCGGGGCUCUGGUGGCAUUCGUGGCGGGGUACUAGUAUAUUGCAUUCCAGGGAGACAGGGAUGUGUCUAGUAGCUUGGAUGCAUCGUGUCCGUGCUGAUGAGUUGGUCACUGGGAUUCAGCUUAAUUCUUUGGCCAUCAUCUGGGCAAUGGCAUGUGAUGGUAUCUGGUAUCGAUCCCAGAGAUGUGUAUUUGCUCUCGUAAGUAUACAGGCGGUAAUCGAUGGCUUCUUAUCACCGACAAGACUGUAUCAAAGUAACUGAAUGAUCGUCUCUGCCCUUGAACAAUAUACAACUAA